AGGUCACCGCGCAGCUCGCUCAACAAACAUCAGGUACGACGACAUUCUCGACAUGUACGCUCCGCUUCCGCCGCGCUGAAUUGAGCCAAGUUGAGUCGAGCUGACACCGUCGGUGAACUCGGAUGUCUUGUCUUGUCCAAAGCUUGCUCUCUCUGGCCUCCGUCUCGAGCAUCACCCAGUAAUAGGCCCAUGGGCACUGCCCACUGCUUGCUACCUACGGCCUACUACCUACGGCCCACUGCCUCCCGCGCAACGGCAAAAGCAGAAAACGGAAAGAAGAAGAACCACCUACCUAGGCAGAGGCAGCAUCAAUAUUUAUUGACAGUCAUGCCCUCACCACUCCCAUUCCCAUUCCCCGAACUACUCCUGGAGAAGUUGAACAUUACUAGUACGGUCAUCACCCGCACCACCUGGGUGCUUACCAGUACUAGUACUGCUAGUAACCGCCUCCUUCUCACUAUCGCCGCCACUCUCGUCACACUCACAGUCUACGCACUCUUCAAAAUCAGCCUUGUCGUUCGCCAAGUCCACGCCGCCCGACACCGGUGGCUCGACUUGCCCACGCUCCCCCGGCAUCCAAUAUGGGGCAACCUGGUCAACAUGGGCGAGAAACUCAACCCCUCGCUCAACCGGCACCCGGACUACGGCUUCGUCGAGAUCUGGAACGCUCUCGACCAGCCCGACGCGUAUCUCAUGGACAUGCUCCCACUCGAUAAUUGCUUCCUUGUCGUCGCGCACCCCAGCGUCGCCGAGACCCUGGUCCAGCCAUCGCCGGCCUACAAAUACAGCCUCCCCAAGAGCGACACCAUCAAAACGUUGUGGCGACUGAUCGGGCUGGAAAGCAUGAUCAUCGUCGACGGCGAGGAGUGGAGGAGUCUGCGGAAACGGUUCAACCGCGGUUUCGCGCCGGCCCAUCUACACAGCCUGGCGCCCUUGAUCCUUUCCAAAACCAGGAUUUUCAUCAACAGACUAAAAGCCGUAGCACACACCAAGGCGACGUUCAUGUUGAAGGACUUUGCGCAGGACCUAACGACGGACAUCAUUACCGAAUUGACAGUCGAAAAGGACUUCCAUGCACAAUCGACGCCCGACGGCCAAGGCCACAAAGGACCCCUGGGCAUGUUGACAGCGAGCAGAUUGUUGAGUGGGUUGACGUACCCACUGGGAAGAGGGGUUGGCUGGCAUUUGGUCGAUCCGAUCAGACCGGUCAGGGCGUGGUUUUAUGAGAUGGUGUACAACAGGGAAUUGGGGAAGGUGGUCGGAGAGCAAGUCGCUGCAGAACAGGGUGGAAAGCGAGCUGGCGAGGGAGAAGACAAAAAAGAAGAAGACCAAGAACGACCAACUCAAACGCAAACGCAGCAGAAAUCGAUAACAAGACUUGCCCUGUCCGGCAUGAUACCCAAUAACGCCCUGCUUCGCAACACCGUCUCACAAAUCAAAUCCUUCCUGUUCGCCGGACAAGAUACAACAGCGACACUGAUCCAGUGGCUGUGCUUUGAACUGUCAAAGGCUUCAUGGUCCGAUCGUCAUGCCGAGAUCCUCCGCAAACUCGUCGCCGAACACGACGCUGUCUUUGGCAAGAGCGAGGAUCCUUUCAACGCGCUCGACGUGCUGGGCCGAGGAGAUGACGAGGGACGACGACAAGCCGAAACCAUCCUAGGGAGCAAGUUGCCCUACACCACGGCUUUCAUCAAAGAGACGUUGCGCCUGCAUCCUCCUGCGUCAACUGUGCGGCUCAUCCCAGAGAUCGGACCGGAAAAUCCUGUCCCGGUGAAUGUCAGAGUACGUGAUAUGAAGAACGGAGGCGAGAAGGAGAUCAACGUCAAUGGGUUGAGGGUGUAUGUUGCGGCGUACCUGGUCCAUCGGCACAAGGGUAUCUGGGGUGAGGAUGCUGACUCGUUCCGGCCGGAUCGCUGGCUUGACGACGAGUACAUGUCCAAGUUGCCGAGUGGAGCGUGGCGGCCGUUUGAGCGUGGACCAAGAAAUUGUAUCGGUCAGGAACUCGCCAUGCUGGAGGCGAAGAUUGUUUUGUGUGCGGUUGCGAGAGCAUUCAAGUGGGAGAAGGUUGGAUAUUCAGGGAGGAAAGGCGUCGAUGGGCAAUUGCCAAAGGGCGACGGGUCGGAUGAUCCAGAAAUGGAGGUCUGGAGUAUAAGUAAUGUGACCGCUGUGCCACUGGGUGGGAUGGAGAUGAAGGUCGAGAGGAGAUGACAUUGGCAAGCCGGUCGAUCAUGCAGUCAAGGUCGACAACUAAACGAAUCCCGUACAGGAUCUUCGAUUCUCAUCUGCAUCAAUGCAUAUCCUUCAUUGCUACGGGUUUCUUAGUGGCCUGGUUGUCGCCAUGUGUGGGAACGGUUACCUAUUGCCCUUCGCUCUUCCGAUCAACCAGAA